CCGUAAGACGGCUGAGACUUUGAUGGCUGGCAUGCAGGAGCAGACCCAGCAGGAAACGGGCCCUGAUAACUCCAACAACGACCAAGACCUCCAGACCAGCUUCGGCGAUGUUCAAGAUUCCCAGUUCUAGGACAACUCGGAGAACUUCGAGCACCAGUUCCAUGAUGCCUUCGGAUCGCAGGUUGAUCUCGACUCGCAAUACAAUGAGCCUCUGGACUUUGAAACCCUGUUUGCGCAGCAGGAGGCAGAGAUGCAGGCCGCCAGUCAGAAUGGUGUCGACCUCACCAAUCAGCCGGAUUUCAAUAUCAACGCUUUGCUGCUGCAGGCAGAGUCCCAGGCCGCCAACCAAAAUGAUGGCGAUAUCAACACUCUGACCCAGCAGACUGAGUCCCAGCCUGCCAACCAGAAUGGCUUCUCCCUCCCCAAUCCCCCCAAUCCGGCGCAGCAGACGACAGCCCAAGCCACGAACCGGCAGGAUGUCGACAUCAACACUUUGCUACAGCAGAUGGAACCACAGGUCGGUAAUCAGGAUUACAUCGAUCUCACCGCUUCAGAGCAGCCGGGUACCGUUUCUGCUGAGCAAAUCCCCUUCCCUCAGCUACCGUCGUUCGAGGAUCAGAUCGAUCAGCUGCUCAAUGCUAGAGCCCAGGAGUUCUUCGCGGCCAAUGUCCGUGUCCAAGCAGAGCUUCUGUCGCUCCAUGAGACUAUGUCAGCAAACGUCGACUCGGCCGAUCCUAGCCAGGUUGAGCCUCCCACAGGUAGGAAGAAAGCCCAGCCGCGCAAGAGAAAAACGGCCGCCAAGUCCAAGUCCAGCAAUGGCACCGCUCCCCAGAGAAUUCAGUUGCAGAUGCCGGACCAGGCUCAGCGACAAGUCGCCACUCCGCAGGACAUGAUGACUCAGAUGCCUGUUGCUUCCUUCGGUCUCGAUCAAGUCAUGGCGUCGGAUCCCUUCGUUUCGACUAGCCCGCAGCAGGGUAUUUCCAACAAUGGCCAGGGCAUGUUCAACACCUGCCUGCCUGGUGCUGCGCAGAUGUCUUCUGAGCUUGUCCACGCCCCGGUGCAGCAGACAGCGCAGCAGCUUUCCAACUACUCCGCAUUCAUGGACUCGGCAUCCAACACGCCGCCCCAGGGUUCUCUGUCUGCUCCGAUGUCUUCUUCGGCCCAGGGCUCGGGUCGGCUCACUGCGUCCCCGUCGUCGGACAACAAGCGCAAGGCGUCUGCGGCUCAUACCAUGGAGAGUCCGACCAAGCGUCGUCAGAGCGUGAAUCAACAAGGCGCAGUUGUCGCGGUUGCGCAGUCGUCCCCGCUUCCUCUGCCUGUUGGGCCCCAGAACAGCCAGAUCACUCCCCCUCAGCGCAUCCAGAUGUCUGCUCCCGAUCUCAAUACGCCCCCUUCAAGCCUGGGUACGCCUGCUCAGAACUUCCAGACGCCGGUUGACGUCGCUGUCCACUUCGGCAUCUCGCCACCCAGCGGUGAUACCAUGUCCCUCGGCACUGCACCAUUCAGCACUGCAGCCAAGGCUGGUAUCACAGCGGCCAUCAAAUGCCUUGUCAAUGAGGUCAAGAGACGCGGCACCGCCCUCGGUCAAAUGCUGGCCGACGGCUUCCAGACCAAUCUCGCUGCCCCGGAGAUGAGUGCCCGCAUCAAACAGCUGACGAAGAGUUGCAUGGCCGACGCGACCGCGACCAACCCAGAGGACGAGAACCAUGCCUUCAACUGCGGAGCGUGGAAGGCCCUCCACCAGAUCAUGCAAGAGAUGGAGCAACAUGGUACUGCCCUCGGCAAGGCACUGCUUGUUGGUCCCUUGAGCGGUACCGUGUUGGUGGCGGUUAAGCAGAAGAUGGGCGAUCUCUUCAAGGAGGUCGCGGAGUUGUACACAUCACCUCCUCGGUUCGGCACCAGCUCUGCUCAGUUGGCUCAGCCGGCUCAGGUCCAGCUGACUCCGACCCUCGCGGCUCAUGCCACUACCCAUCUCUCCCAGCAGACCAACGCUGCCAACAUGGCAAUUCAGACAGGCAGCCCCUAUGUUCCGGGCUACCCUCUUCUGUCGGCCACUACCGCCUCGGGCCACGCGGGUGUACAGCAGCAGAGCGGCCAUGCUUCCCCUGUGACUACCACGCAGGCCCACCCUCGGAUGCCGUCGUCGAACAACAACUCGUCUCCCAUGGAAGGCCAUCCCGCUUCGGUUCCGGCGAUGAACGGAUCCGCUGAGCCGUCCUACCAGGAGCUCAAGCAGCAGCUCCAGCAUAUCCAGCAGCAGCGCGACCAACAGCUCCAGCAGAUGAUGCAGAUGAUGCAGCAGCAACUGCAGCAGCAGCAGACCAAGAAGACGUCGACCCCGCGUAAGCCCCGCGCCCGCAAGUCCUCCGUUGCCGUUUCCACCCCGGUUACCAAUAGUGCCGCUCGCAACACCCCGAGCCCGGUCCAGGGUUCCGUCGCCGACUCUCCCGGUCACUCGGCCCCGGCUUCGAACCACAGCAACAACGGUCAGUCAGCUCCCGGCCAGUACGUCCCGAGAAUCGCCUAUCACUUCUCCGACGGCACCUUCUACAUGCAGGUUGGCGCGAACAACAACGGCACCGGCGAGGCAAGCUAUCGGAGGAUCGGCGCCGGCACAGUGGCCGCACAGACGGCGCUGCGCCAGUUCCUCGGCAAUGCACAGGCAAGGGGAGUCCUCAUGGUCCCGCCCAGCUUUGUCCUCAAGCUGUGGCUGACGACGGAGCAGAACUUGGAGAAUCUUCGUCGGGUUCUGAUGGGCGAGGGUGAGCUUUUCUUCUGAGAGAGCGGCGCGUGACCAUUAGGUACAUAUCCCGUAUGAGGGUGAUGAGAGAAGGUUGUUCUGCCGUGGA